AUGUCCUCCAACUCUUCUAGUCCCAAAUGGCCCAACACUAUUCACUUCAACGACGCUUAUAUGGCUUAUCAGAACCAUUUCAACGGUUUCGCUCAAAUCUGUGCAAUAGUUCCGUGGAUUUACAUAAUUCCUAGUUUCCAUAUCAUCUGUAAAAUCUUCGCAGUCUACCUGACUUCUAACUGGACCCGCCCAGAGCCCGGACUUAAUCAACAUGUGUUUCUGGUUAUCUCCUUAUCACAACUCACUGUUUUCGUUUUCUUUCUAUUUGACUACUUCACUGUCCGACUUCCAUCUACAGGAUUAUUCACUUCUUGGUGUGCUUCUAUUGAGCCGAAUCAUUUUUUGAAGGGGUUGUUUAUGACUGCGUAUUACACUAAUUAUUCAGCAAUGAUUUUCCCGUUUAUGGUUCCUGUUGUCAGAUUAGUGGUUGUGACCUUUCCAAGGAAUCAUUUCAAGAUAAACUCAAUUCUAUUACGCGUCGGAGUGCCGUUAACCUGGAUUUAUCCGAUUUUAUUCACAUUUUUUCUAAUUCCGGCUGUUGGGGUUUGUCGUCAAAUCAGUAGUCCCUAUCCGUUCGGAUCUGUUCAUAUCUAUUACGCAAAUCCUGCUUUUGGGCUCCGGAACUCCCCUCUAUACCUUGGAAACACUCUGACAUGGAUGACAUUAUCAGUUAUGGCAAAUAUAAUACUUUUCUGGAAAGUGGCCAAAGCUAGAGCCCAACUGAUCACUUUUCAGAGAAGUGGAGUCUCAUAUAAAGCCGAGUUAUCACUGAGUAUUACUACAGUAACCAUGAUACUGUUUUAUGUGAUCAAUGGAACUUUCGUUGUAAUGUACAUUCUUUACUACGGAAAAGCGGCUUACUUCACCCACCUUGUUACUUUAAAAUCCUUCGCUAACGACCUACAAACUUGUGUAAUUCCAUGGAUCUUCUAUUUGACUCAUCCGGUGUUUAGGAAAAAGACGAUCACAACUUCUGAUGUUUUUGUUUCGACGAGUUCUUUCAAAAGACGAGUUAUGAAUUGA